AUGAUCUCAUUUGAUGAUAUAUUGGAAUAAAAAAUAAAAACAGGUCGUUACUAAUUCAAAACUUUAGUAAUUAUUGGAUUGGUUGAAUUUUGUGAUGGUAUAGAAUAUGCUUAUAUGUCUAUUUUGGUGGCAAUCAUAAAAAAAGAAUGGGAAUUGAAUUAAUAACAGAUAGCAUAUUUAGGGUCAUCAUUUUUAUUAGGAAUGGUGAUUGGUAAUUGCAUUUGUGCCUUUUUAACUGAUAUAAUAGGUCGAAAGACAACAUUUACAAUAUUUACAGGACUAUCGGUUUUUUUGAUUUAUUUUACAAGUAUUUGUACUUCAUACAAUUAAAUGAUCACAUUGCGAUUAUUGUUUGGAAUUGUAUUUGGAACUAGCUAUCCUUUAGGUUAUGUAUUUAUAACAGAAAUUACAGAACCUAAAUAUAGGGGUAGAUUUGGGUAUUCAAUGGGAGUUUUAUUUGUAAUUGGUAAGAUUUAUUUAGCAUUUUUGUGUAUUUUAUAUCUAGAGGAUUUUACAACAGGAAAUUGGAGAGGUUUGAUUAGAGUGAAUGCUAUUCCUGUAGCAAUCAGUUUUAUAUUUUCAUUAUUUUUUUUGAAGGAAACUGCAAGAUUCUAUUUAAAUUAAAGAAAGUACGAAGUUGCAUUUGAUCAAAUUGAUACAACAAUUGAAGAGAACUUAAAAGUUUAGGGAAUCUUGACAGAAGAAGAGGUAUAUGAGUAUAAAUUAAAACAUAGAAAUAAGGAUUGAUUAAUUGGUAAGAAAAGUAAAUAUAAAUAAAUUAGGAGUAAGAAUUAAAUAAAUUUGGAAUUCUAUCUUAAGAUUAUAGAUAUAUUACUUUAAGGAUAUGGAUUUUAUAUAUUUUAGCAAAUUUGCAAAAUAUGAGUAUCUAUUUAUUAAUGCCAUUUUUAUUUGCUAGCAAUAACUCAAAUUUAAAUUCAAUGUUGUAUAUGUUUAUUUUGGAAUUAAUAUUUGCAUUAUUAUUGUAUGUAGUAAUAGAUGAUCCUAAUAUAGGAGGUAGAAAGAUGGUAAUAGGUUAUUCAUCAUUAAUUUUGGUAUUAGCUAAUGCUAGUUUGUAUUUUUUUAGAUAGCAAAUUCUUUUUAUCGGGUUGCUUCUAAUAAAAUUAGCAUGCAGAGCUCUAUUUUCAACGUUAGGUCUUGUUUGUUGUGAAAGUUAUCCUUUGUAAUUAAGAUCUUAAGGAACUGCUAUAGCUUUUGGAAUAGGAAAGACUUCAUCAAUACCAUCACCAUUUAUUUUAUUUCCUUUAUUUUAUAUAGAUCCUUAUUUACCUUUUGCUGUAAUGAGUGUUUUGUAAAUUGUUAUGAUUAUAAUAAAUCAUAUGAUUUAAGAUGAUAAAACAAUGAAACCAUUGGAAUCACAUAAAUAAGAUUGA